AAAUUCAAAAAAUAACAAUCGAUAUUAUCAUAUCCCGUAAAUCAGGAAUCAAAUCAACCCAAAUCUUUGCAAAAAAAAAAAAAGAGAAAACGAAAUUGUAGUCAAAGAUUUAAUUUGAAACAAUUAUCCACUAAUCAAAUCCAUAAAAAUCAAGAAUAAAAUCGGCAAAAUAAAAUACUUUUCUGCAACUAAUGAAAUUUUUGUGCUUCAUUACUCUCUGCAUAUUUAUAUUAACCCAUCGAAUUGCCCAUAAUCUUCUACUGCUUUGCCCUCAAGUUUGAGUUUCUUAACUGCUCUGCUCUACCGAUUUGCAAAGGUUAGUAAAACACUCAUUCCUAUUAUUUUUUCCUUUUAACAUCAACCUGCACAUCUAUUUCUGUAAUUUCAAUCUUUCUUUUUCUCUUUUUUUUUUCUGUCUUUGUGUUUAGAAUGUAAUUCGUUUAUUUGCCUUUGUUUCUUGAACAUAUGUUUACAUCAAUUAAUUGACUGUCAUUCUUGCUAUGUUUGCACGCAAUGAAGGUACAAUUUUAAAAGUUGUUAUUUUUUAUUAUAUGUUUACACAAUAUGUUUCAAUAAUUUGAUAUUACAUUUCAUUCAAUCCCUUCACUGCUUUCACUGUUUCACAUGACAGUUGCUAUCUACUCUAAUGCUACACGAAAACCAUGAUAACUAUGCAUUUUAUGAGUGGAUAAACGAAUUGGUUAUUGUUACGUGAACAGUCUCACGACAACUUUUAUUCAGCAACAAAUUAUACAAGAGGAUUAUAUAUAAUUUUUGUCUUUUUUUUAUAAACUGUAAAACAGAACUAAAAGAGUAUGGUUAUUCAGCAACAAAUUGUAUAACAUAACUAAAAGAGUAUGGUUAUAGAUUUUACUUGAUGUGUAUAUUCAUUAUUUUGAAUUUCAUUUCAUUACUUUUUUUUUACUACAUUUUGAUUUCCAGUCAUUUUACAUUAGGUUAUCAGCUUGGUUGUUCUUUGAUAAUUAGUUCAACUUAUUUUACAUUGCUUUUUUGAUCCGUGUCAUUUUAUAUAUGUUGAUUUUUCUGUGCAGAGCAAUGGCACAGCCAAAUGUUACUUUAAUUUCGGAUUUGGAUAUACUUAAAGAUGAUUCGACUAUCAAAGUUAAAGUGAUAAACCUAUGGAACCUUUUUUUCAUUCUAUAACAAGGAUGAAAUUUUCUCGAUUGAAUUAAUCUUAAUGGAUGAACAAGUAUUUUACAACUUAACACUAUAUAUUCAUUACACAUUCAAAAUUUAAUAUGAUUUGAUUAUAAUUUUAUAUAUCAUACGUCUUUUAGGGUACCAAGAUCCAAGCAAACGUAUUAAGAAAAAACAUCUAUCGAUUCAAAAACAUUCUAAAAGAUGGCUUGGCAUUUUACAUACAAUGUCCAAGUUUUGCAUCUGAAAGGAUGGGUGGUUUUACUUUAACUCGACAACAUCAUUAACUUACUUUUAUCCAUAACAGUGUUCUUACGGAGUGUCAUGACUUUUCUGGACUUGCAUUUGGUUUUGAAUUUGUUGAUUAAGAGUCUAUUAUCUCAUUGACCCAUCCUAAAAACACCGCUAUCGAUGUUAUUGGAUUGGUCGUUGCAAUUGGUGAGAUGGGGGAGAGACAAUAAUGAUAUCAAAAAACACAGACUCAACAUCCAAAUCCAAGAUGCAAAUGGUUUGCAACUAAGUGUCCAUUUGUGGGGUGAUUUUGCUUACAAAAUGCAAGGGUUUCUUGAUAACAAUCCACACAAUCUUCGUAUCAUCGUUAUCAUUCAAUUUGCGAAACUUAGUAUUUGGAGAGAUCGUCCCACAGGUAACACAUAUUUUUCAGUGUCGAGGCUGUUCAUUAACACAUACAUUGAUGAAAUCAAUGUUUUUAAGAAAAGUUUGGAUGGAGAUGAUCGCCCUGAUUCAUCCACAAAUACAUUCACACUUAUGAAGUCUAAUAAAGUUUCUGAACAUGAUGAUUUCAUGGUUAAGUUUCAGUUGAAGACAAUUGUUGAUGUUUCAGAACCUGUGGAGCUUGGUUUUAGUACUCAACUUUAUCCCGGAGAGAUAAAUGUAGGUAAUUCACAAUCAUUUGAUAUUGGUGAAGCCAAUUCUGAAUCACAAGAUAAUAGGAUUUUGAAGGAUGCAAUUUCUGGGACAGACGGCAACAUAAUACCUUCCACUGUUGAUAAAAACUCAGCAACAAGUCCCAUGAAGGGUUUCAAUACACCAACUGUUUUGAAGAGAAAUCUGGAAGAAGUGUUUGAUCUGGAGUUGAAUGAAAAUUUAUCAUCAUCAAAAACUCCAAAAAUAUCGUCAGAAUGACGCAUUAACCAGAUUGUGAAGGUAAAGUUGGAAAAAAGUGGCUAGCUUUUUAUUUUAAGUUUAAGUUUCGUUAGGUAUUGGAUUAUGAUUUAUAGACAAUAAUUAUGCAUUUUACUUUUCAUUAAGUACUUUCACGUUUUGUUUUAGAAUUUUCAAACAUUUGUUGGGGAUAAUUGUUUUUUUAGUAGUAUGUUCAACCUAUAUUCAUAAUAUAUUAUUAUGAAUGUGAAUUUAUGAUUUAGAAAUAA